UGUUUGUAAUUCUCAAUGGAGAGUGAAAGCACUGAUUCAGAAUGAAAACCAGCCCCCAUCGGCCACUGAUUCUCAAAAGACGGAGGCUGCCCCUUCCUGUUCAAGAUGCUGCAGCUGAAACAUCUGAGAAGAUGUCUAACAGAGCCCCUGCCCAAAAGGAGCCUGGUGAAGCACCAGCCUCCAAGGAGAUGGGAGAAUCCAGCUCUUGCAAGUUUCCAGCUGGAAUCAAGAUCAUUAAUCACCCCACCAUGCCCAACACACAAGUGGUGGCCAUCCCUAACAAUGCCGAUAUCCAGAGCAUCAUCACAGUGCUGACUGCCAAAGGAAAAGAGAGUGGCAGCAGUGGGCCCAAUAAGUUCAUCCUCAUCAGCUGUGGAGGAGCCUCAGCUUGCUCUCCAGGACCCCACCCACAAGCCCAAAGCAGCAAUGAUUCCAAGAGGACAGAAGUGCUCACUGAGAGCUUGGGACCAAAGCCUGCAGCUAGGGAUGUGAAUGUUCCUAGACCAUCUGGAGCCCCUCCAGGGCACCGUCGGGAGAGCCGUGCUGGUGGCGAGGCAACAGGCCCCAUUCUGGACAACAGCCUGACCAAUAUCCAGUGGCUCGGGAAGAUGAGUUCUGACACACUGGGCUCCUGCAGCAUCAAGCAGGAAGUGGAGGAGAAGGAGAACUGUCACCUACAGCAGAGUCAGGUCAAGGUGGAGGAACCUAUGGGAACAUCCACACCCUGGCAGGACUCUAUAUCUGAGAGGCCACCUUACUCUUACAUGGCCAUGAUACAGUUCGCCAUCAAUAGCACUGAGAGGAAGCGCAUGACCUUGAAGGACAUCUACACUUGGAUCGAGGACCACUUCCCCUACUUUAAGCACAUUGCCAAGCCAGGCUGGAAGAAUUCCAUUCGCCACAACCUUUCCCUCCAUGACAUGUUUGUUCGGGAGACAUCUGCCAAUGGCAAGGUCUCCUUUUGGACCAUUCACCCCAGUGCAAACAGAUUCCUGACUUUGGACCAGGUGUUUAAGCCACUGGACCCAGGCUCUCCGCAAUCGCCUGAGCACUUGGAAUCACAGCAGCAGAAGCGACCUAAUGCUGAGCUCCGCCGGAAUGUGACCAUCAAAACUGAACUUCCUCUGGGUGCACGGCGGAAGAUGAAGCCACUGCUACCACGGGUCAACUCAUACCUGGUGCCCAUCCAGUUCCCAGUGAACCAGUCCCUAGUAUUGCAGCCCACAGUGAAGGUGCCGCUGCCCCUAGCGGCUUCACUCAUGAGCUCAGAGCUAGCUCGCCACAGCAAGCGAGUCCGCAUUGCCCCGAAGGUGCUGCUGGCUGAUGAGGGCAUAGUCCCUCUUCCUGCAUCUGGACCAGUGAAAGAGGAGAAACCCCUGCUGGGAGAAGAGUUGUUGCCUUUGCUUCCGGUUCAGUCUAUUAAGGAGGAAGAAACCCAGCCUGGGGAAGACAUGCUCCCGUUAGAGAGACCCAUCAAAGUGGAGAGCCCUCCCUUGGAGGAGUGGCCCUCUCCAUGCCUGUCUUUCAAAGAAGAGGCAUCUCACUCCUGGGAAGAUUCAUCCUGCUCUCCCACCCCAAGGCCCAAGAAGUCCUACAGUGAGCUCAAGUCCCCAGCACAACGUAUCUCAGAAAUGCUCGUGAUUAAACGAAGGGAGAGAAGGGAGAUGAGCCGGUCUCGAAGGAAACAGCACCUGUUGCCUCCCUCUGUGGAUGAACCCGAGCUCGUCUUCUCGGAGGGCCCCAGCUCAUCUGGACAAGCUGCAGAGCCCCCUGUCCUGGAAGAGUCCACAGAGCCUGCCCUGCAGCUUGGCUGCCCCCAGCAGGAAGGUGGACCUUUCAAGACGCCCAUUAAGGAGAUGCUGCCCAUCUCCUCCACCCCGAGUAAAUCUCUCCUCCCCCAAACCCUUGAAUCCUGGAGGCUCACACCUCCUGCCAAAGUGAGGGGGCUGGAUUUCAGCCCGGUACAACCCCCCCAAGGUACCUUUGGCCCCCUGCCUGACUCCCUGGGACUGAUGGAUCUGAGCACCACGCCACUGAAAAGCAUUCCCCUCUUUGACUCACCCCGAGAGCUCCUCAAUUCCGAACCCUUUGACCUGGCCUCUGACCCCUUUAGCAGCUCUUGCCCCUCAGAUCUGGAAGUCCCCAAGCCAGGCUCUCCAGAACCACAGGUUCCCAGCCUUGCAGCCAACCGCUCUCUGACAGAAGGCCUGGUUCUAGACACAAUGAAUGAUAGCCUGAGCAAGAUCCUGUUGGACAUCAGCUUCCCUGGCCUGGAGGAGGACCCCCUCGGCCCUGACAACAUCAACUGGUCUCAGUUCAUUCCUGAACUACAGUAGAGGCCCCUUGACCCUUACACUCAAGCUACACAGUUUCAGGCACUCGUAUGGCUGGGCAGUCCCAAGCUCCGUGCAUACCACAUCCUCUGAGGACUGCUGGCAGGGACUCCACCAGCUUGGUGAUGCACAGGCAGCAGUCACCCCAGCCACUGCUGGGUUUUGGCAAGAGUAGGGUGUGCAGCUGUUCUCUGGGGAGAGAUUCCUCUGCUCUCCCUGCCUGAGCUGAAGGGCAGCGAUGCAAAAGCAAUGGAGGAAGGGAUUAAGAAUUCCUCACAUCAUUUCCAUUCUGUGUCCUAUAGUCUUGCUUGCCCUGCUUGCAGGGUGGUCUUGGUAAGUAGUACAGAUUCUCCAAAUUACUCUUUAUUAAUGAAAGUUUGAGGUAGGUAGGAUGAGAGGGAGUUGCAGUUUGCUUCUCUCCCUUGCUUUGUAGAAGGAGAAGGGAAACCUGCAGUGCAUGGUUUCUUCCAGGCCCAAGAGUUCUUUAUCGUGCGCAGCUGGACAUUUCCCCCAGACACGUCUGCUUGGCAGGGUCCCUCAGACAGACUCCUCCUUCCCACCUCCCAGUGUUUUCAGGUCAGCUUUCCUACAAGAAGAAAUCUGGUUUAAAAGGUCUUGUAUUGAGUCGAGAAUUGAAUUUGGAGAUGGAAUGGAUGCAUCCGAAGCAGAAUGGUACCCAGAUGUGCCACUAAGUACCUUUCUCUGAUAAUGUCCCUAAUCAUGCCAGGGAGACCAGAAUGGAUGAGGACUCAGGUGGAGGAUUGAGAAGGCAGAAAAGACCCCUCAACUUGCCUGGUGUCCUUAGUUUGUAAUGCAGUUUUGCAAAGAACAACCCUAGGCUCUAGCUGGCUGCCUGUGCGAGCCAGCCCAAGAACACUACCACAACUACCUACUGAAUAAAAUCUGGGG